AUGCUGGAUAUCAUUAGCAUCGCCUCCGUCACCAUUGCCCUCCCCUCUAUCCUUCGGGAUGUCAAAUAUGAGCCCAACCAGCUGCAAUGGGUUGGCGAUCUGUUUGGACAUCGCCGGGUAUUCUUGACAGGUACAUCCUGGUUUGCAGUCUGGUCGUUGGUCUGCGGUUUCGCAAGGGACCCCAUCUUCAUGUCUGUCUCCCGUGGUCUCCAAGGUGCAGGCGCUGGCUUCACAAUUCCAAGUGCAUUGGCACUGUUAACCACAUCCUACCCCCCCGGUCCUGAGCGCACAUUUGCUCUCUCGAUGUUCGGAGGAGCAGCCUGUAUCGGUCAGACCAUCGGUGUCCUCCUCGGUGGUAUCUUUGACGCGACCAUUGGCUGGUACUGGAUCUUCUACAUCACCUCCAUCAUCUCGGCCCUCCUCUGCUUCCUCGGCUUCUUUGUCAUCUCCAAGGCCAAUGAUGAUGUCCAUACCACCGAUCGUCGUGUCGAUGUUGUUGGUGUUGUCUCCUUCAUGCUCGGUAUCAUUGCCAUUGUCUACUACCUCUCCGAGUCUACCACUGUUGGUUGGGGUUCUGCGCAAACUUUGGCUCCCUUCCUCGUUGGUGUUGCCCUCUUGAUCUUCUUCGUCUUCUGGGAGCGCCGCAUUGAUUACCCCAUUAUGCCUUUCCGUAUCUGGGGCUCUGUUCGCUUCCGCGCCUCGGUGGUUGUCAUCAUCUGUGUCACAGCCACCUACAACACCAUGAUCUUUUUCACCUCCCUCACUUUCCAGAACGUCCUCAAGUACUCUCCCCUGAUCACGGCCUGCUGUUACAUCGUCCACGGAGUCGGUCUCGUCAUCGGUCUUUACACCGUCACCCGCCUAUUCCCCUACAUGCGCACAAAGUUCAUUAUGUUGAUUGGAUGGAUCUUUAUCAUCAUCUCAUCGGUCGUGUUCGCCCAGAUCGUCCCCGGAGCCAGCUACUGGCAUUUCGCCUUCCCUGCCUUGAUCGUCAACUGCUUGGGACUCUCGCCUACCUGGAUGUGCUGUCAGGUCAACGCCGUCGCUGAUGCCCCCGAUGAGGAUCAGGGAGUCGUCGGUGCAGUCUUUAACGUCGCUAUCCAGCUUGGAGGACCCAUCGGUCUUGCCAUCUCGACCAUCUUGUCCCAGGCUUUCGAACCCGCUGUUGGUGCCGAAGGUGCUGCCUUGAUGUCUGGCUAUCGCGCCGCGUUUUACACUUUUGGUGUUAUUGGUGGUGUUGGUUGGGUAUUGUCGUUGCUCUUGGCUUCUAACCAGGACCCUAUUGAGUUUUCUGGUGUUGCUCCCGAGAAGGAGGAGGGAGAUGCACAAGAGAAGGGUCUUGAGGUUGUUGACGAGAGUCAGAUCUCGGGUGCUGAUGAGGGCAAGGCUGAGUUGGAGGAUGAUGAGGAUGAGAAGAAGGAGGUGAAGAGGGGUGGAUCUAGUGUCUCUGUUGCCCACACUGUCAUCGCUUAG